AUGCGGGUUCCUGUGAGGAACGGGGCCUUGACUCAUAUCUUUUGCAACCCCAGAACAUUCUCUCGCUUUGUUCCCUCUUCCAACCCUUUCACCAGGAUGGCCUCCACCACAGAUUGGUCCGCUCAGCGAGUCCGUGAUACUUUCUUGGACUAUUUUAAGCAAAAUGGCCAUACCUUUGUGCCCUCUUCACCCGUCGCUCCCUUGUCGGAUCCGACGCUCCUGUUCACCAAUGCGGGAAUGAACCAGUUCAAGUCCAUUUUCCUAGGCACCGUGGACCCCUCGUCAGACUUUGGCAAGCUGAAGCGGGCGGCAAACUCGCAAAAGUGUCUUCGCGCCGGUGGAAAGCAUAACGAUCUGGAUGAUGUGGGCAAGGACAGCUACCACCACACAUUCUUCGAAAUGCUCGGUAACUGGAGUUUCGGCGACUACUUCAAGAAAGAGGCUAUCACAUACUCGUGGACCUUGUUGACCGAGGUCUACGGGUUGAACCCGGACCGUCUCUAUGUCACUUACUUUGAGGGCAACGAGGCCGGUGGUCUGGAACCAGACUUGGAGGCCAAGGAAUUGUGGAAGGCAGUGGGUGUGCCCGAAGAUCACAUUCUGCCCGGAGAUAUGAAGGACAAUUUCUGGGAAAUGGGUGACCAGGGUCCCUGUGGACCCUGCAGUGAAGUCCACUACGAUCGAAUUGGUGGACGUAACGCUGCUCAUCUCGUGAACGAAGACGAUCCCAACGUGCUGGAAAUCUGGAACAACGUUUUCAUCCAAUACAACCGCGAGGCGGAUAGCUCCCUGCGAUCUCUCCCCAACAAGCACGUGGACACCGGAAUGGGCUUUGAGAGAUUGGUUUCCAUUCUCCAGGACAAGUCCUCCAACUACGACACCGAUGUGUUCACUCCCAUCUUCCAGGCGAUCCAGAAUGCUACCGGUGCGCGGGAAUACCGCGGUCACUUCGGUGCCGAUGAUGUCGAUGGUAUCGACACCGCCUAUCGUGUCGUUGCGGACCACGUGCGUACUUUGAUGUUUGCUAUCUCGGACGGAGUCAUCCCCAACAACGAGGGCCGUGGCUACGUGAUUCGUCGUGUGCUGCGUCGCGGUGCUCGAUAUGCCCGCAAGUAUUUCCAGGUGGACAUUGGUAACUUCUUUGCCAAGCUCGUGCCCACCGUGGUGGACCAGUUGGGUGAGAUGUUCCCUGAACUCAAGCGCAAGCAGCAAGAUGUGAUCGAGAUCCUCGACGAGGAAGAGCUGUCCUUUGCCAAGACCCUUGACAGAGGUGAGCGUCAGUUCGAGCAGUACGCCCAACAAUGCAAGGUCAAGGGCACUGAAAAGCUCCACGGAGCCGAUGUCUGGCGACUGUACGAUACCUUUGGUUUCCCCGUUGAUCUCACUCGGAUCAUGGCCGAGGAGCGUGGUCUUUGUAUCGACGAUGUUGAGUUCGAAGAGGCCCGUCUGAAGGCCAAGGAGGCCAGUAAGGGACAGAAGAAGACGGCGGAAGACACCGUCAAGCUCGACGUCCACGAUCUUGGUAACCUGGAGAAAAUGAACGACGUCCUCAAGACUGAUGACUCCGCUAAGUUUGGCCGAGGCAACAUCACUUCCCAUGUCAAGGCCAUCUACCACGGCAAGAACUUCUACAGCAGCACCGAUAAAAUUCCAGAGGGAGCUCAACUUGGUGUCAUCCUCGACAGCACCAACUUCUAUGCCGAGCAGGGUGGUCAGGAAAAUGACACCGGUAAGAUUAUUAUUGAUGGACAAGCGGAGCUUGAGGUUGGCGACGUCCAAUCUUACGCUGGAUAUGUUUUGCACACUGGCUUCAUGAAGUAUGGAUCGUUCGCGGUUGGCGAUUCUGUGAUCUGCGAGUAUGACGAGCUCCGCCGCUGGCCGAUCCGUAACAACCACACUGGAACCCAUAUCCUCAACUUUGCUCUGAAGGAAAUUCUUGGUGAUGGCGUGGAUCAGAAGGGUUCCCUGGUGGCAGCCGAAAAGCUCCGAUUUGAUUUCUCCCACAAGAGUGCCAUCUCCGAUGCCGAGCUGGAGAAGAUUGAAGCCAAGGCCACCGACUAUAUUCGCCAGAACUGCGCCGUCUACUCCCAAGAACUCCCUCUCGCCACUGCCCAGCAGAUCUCUGGUGUCCGAGCCGUGUUCGGCGAGACCUACCCGGACCCUGUUCGCGUUGUGUCCGUCGGCGUGGAAUUGGAAGAGAUUCUCCAGAACGUUAAAGAUCCUCGCUGGAAGGAAGUCAGCAUCGAAUUCUGCGGUGGAACCCACGUCCAGAAGACGGGUGACAUCAAGGAUUUGAUCAUCUUGGAGGAGAGCGGUAUUGCCAAGGGCAUCCGUCGCAUCAUCGCCGUCACCGGUGAAGAAGCGCAUGAGGUGCAGCGUGUCGCUCAAGAAUUCAGCCAGCGCCUGGACCAGCUGAACAGCUUGCCUCUGGGUCCCCAGAAGGAACGCGAGGCCAAGCAGGUUCAGGUGGAUCUCAACCAGCUCACGAUUUCUGCGGUCGAGAAGGCCCGGCUCCGCGAUCGCUUUACCAAGAUCAACAAGCAGGUUCUUGAUGGCCAGAAGGCUCAGCAGAAGCUGGAGUCCAAGAAGGCUGUGGACACCAUCACUUCCUACUUCGACGCUCCUGAGAACAAGGACAAGUCGUGGCUGGUGGUCCAGCUCCCCAUCACUGCCAACUCCAAGGCUGUCAGUGAAUCUCUGAACCAUGUCAAGUCCAAAUUGCAAGGCAAGAGUGUGUAUCUUCUGGCCGCGGAUUCUGAGCAGGGUCGGGUCUCCCACGGCUGUUAUAUCUCUCAGGGACUGAGUGACCAAGGUGCUUCGGCCAGUGAGUGGGCGGCCGUCGUGUCUGGUGCAGUUGGAGGAAAAGCCGGAGGAAAGGGCCCUACGUCUGUUGGUAACGGCACCAAUGCCGAUAAGGUGGACGAUGCUCUCUCGUUGGCCACUGACUAUCUGAGCAAGUUCAAGCUCUAG